GUGGCCCAGUCGGCAGCGGGGGCUGGGCUGGCCACUGCUGGCAAGUAUUUCAGCAUCCUUUAGGGGUGGAGACGUGGCAAAGCGAGCCGCGGGCUGCAGCUGGGACCCGGGCUCAUGGAUGGGGGCAUAGCGACGGGAAAGAUGGCAUCCCCGCCCUGUACCAUGGGUCCCCUGGACAGCGUGGAACUCCUUGACCUCCUGUUUGACCAGCAGGAUGGCAUCCUAAGAAAUGUAGAGCUGUCUGAGCGGUGGAGCCUCUCUGGGGAGAAGGUUCUACCAAAUUCUGACUCUGAUGACUUCCUAAAUUCCAUCCUGGGACCUGGCGACUCUGACCCCAGCUCCCCCAUAUGGUCCCCUGCUGACAGUGACAGCGGCAUCUCUGAGGAUCUCCCCUCAGACCCCCAGGACACCCCUCCUCACAGUGGCACUGGACCAGUCAACAUGGCAGCCAGGUGUCAUCCAAGCCAGCAAGGCAAGGGGCUCUGCCCCUCCUACCUUCCCAGCACCCUGUGCUCUGUGCCUCCGAGGACACAAAUCCUUGAGUCCUCAGUGGCCAUUGACCUGGAGAUGUGGAGCACAGACACGCUGUGCCCGGAGGAGCAGGCCGGCUCGCCCUCCCGGUUCAACCUCACUGUGAAGGAGCUACUGCUGUCUGGCGGCGGUGGCGGCGGCGGGGACUUGCAACAGCACUCAUUGACCGCUUCCCAGCUUCUGGGGCCUGGGAACGGGCAUUGCCAGGAGCUGGUGCUGACGGAGGACGAGAAGAAGCUGCUGGCCAAAGAAGGGGUAACCCUCCCCACCCAGCUGCCUCUCACCAAGUAUGAGGAGCGAGUGCUGAAAAAAAUCCGCAGAAAGAUCCGGAACAAACAGUCAGCUCAGGAAAGCAGGAAGAAGAAAAAGGAAUACAUCGACGGUCUGGAGAACCGGAUGUCAGCCUGUACUGCCCAGAACCAGGAGCUGCAGAGGAAAGUUUUGCAUUUAGAAAAGCAAAAUUUGUCACUCCUGGAGCAGCUGAAACAUCUGCAGGCUCUCGUGGUCCAGUCAACCAGCAAGCCCGCACACGCAGGCACCUGCCUGGCGGUUCUUUUGCUGUCCUUCGCCCUGAUCAUCCUCCCCUCUAUCAGCCCUUUCAACUCCAACAAAGUCGACAGCCCUGGAGACUUCGUGCCAGUGCGAGUGUUUUCCAGAACCCUUCACAACCACGCUGCAUCCCGCGUGGCUCCCGACGUCACCCCAGGAUCCGAGGUCCCAGGACCCUGGCCCGACGUUGGCACACCCCACAAAAGUUCUCCUUCCAGCGGCCUUGGGGCAGACUGGGGGAAUUUUCUGGAACUACCAAUGCUGGACGAUGCAACAGAAGAGCUGGUCAACUCCACCCUGGUGCUGGUCAACUCCACCGAGGACCUGGGACGGGCCACCCUGCUGGACUGGGUGGCUUCGGAGUCACUGCUCAGCCCAGCCCGGUUGGGGCUGGAGAUGCCAGGGGAGAUGUGGCUGUCCUGGAUACCGAGGUGGCUCAGGGUCCGCCUGCUGCAGGGUGCUUUGGGAGUGCUCUGAUGGGCAGUGACGGGCCCAGACUCACAGACAACCCCUGGGACUGACAGACCCUCCCUGAGGAACUGACCCCACACAUCAGGAGGAAGUGAGGCUGCCAGGCACAGGAACAGGAAGACCCUGGUGUAGGACAAGACCUAGGACCCUUUUACCCAGACAGACCCCCCCAGACAGA